ACAACCACUACCCCAACUACAACAACCACUACCCCAACAACAACCACCACUACCCCAACAACAACCACUACCCCAACUACAACAACCACUACCCCAACAACAACCACCACUACCCCAACAACAACCACCACUACCCCAACAACAACCACCACUACCCCAACUACAACUACCACUACCCCAACUACAACUACCACAACCCCAACAACCACUACCCCAACAACAACCACCACUACCCCAACUACAACAACCACUACCCCAACUACAACAACCACCACCCCAACUACAACUACCACGACCCCAACAACAACCACCACUACCCCAACUACAACAACCACUACCCCAACUACAACCACCACUACCCCAACUACAACAACCACUACCCCAACUACAACAACCACUACCCCAACAACAACCACCACUACCCCAACAACAACCACCACUACCCCAACUACAACAACCACUACCCCAACUACAACCACCACUACCCCAACUACAACAACCACUACCCCAACUACAACAACCACUACCCCAACUACAACCACCACUACCCCAACAACAACCACCACUACCCCAACUACAACAACCACUACCCCAACAACAACCACCACUACCCCAACUACAACAACCACUACCCCAACUACAACCACCACUACCCCAACUACAACCCCCACUACCCCAACAACAACCACCACUACCCCAACUACAACAACCACUACCCCAACUACAACAACCACUACCCCAACAACAACCACCACUACCCCAACAACAACCACCACUACCCCAACUACAACUACCACUACCCCAACUACAACUACCACAACCCCAACAACCACUACCCCAACAACAACCACCACUACCCCAACUACAACAACCACUACCCCAACUACAACU